CUUCAAGACGGGGAAUCGCAAACCCAGUAACUACGCUAUCGUCUUAUGCAAUUUGUUUCACAAGAUUUAUCCCAUCGUACCAUUCGAUGUGCAUCCUGCUUGAUUUCAAUUUUGAUGAUGAACAUUUUUCAUUAUAUAUCUAGAAAAUGAACCAGUCAGUUUGGAUUUACGUUUUGAUUCUACUAAAAUGUUUCGCAAUUGUACAAAGUGCGGCUUGCAACGGUACCUGCACGUGGCUGCCAUGGGAAAGCUGGACUUCGUGUAGUGCAACCUGUGGUGGGGGAACUCAGUCACGAACCAGAUCUUUGUGCUGCCAGACUGCCUAUCAAGAUUGUCUUAAGACGUGUGGUCUAAAUGAUGCUAGAUAUGAAAGUCAAUAUUGUAACAAAAAUUGCUACAAUGGCGGAUAUUUCUCUUCGUAUCAAUGUGUUUGCCCAGACAUACAUUAUGGACCAUGUUGCCAGGAAGUAUGUCCAACUAUCAACCAUUGUUACAACAGGAGCUGCGCCUAUCCGUACAACACGGUGUGUAAUGAAUGUUAUGAAGAUAACCAAAUAUUUAAGAAAUGGAACGGCGAUGCAGAAUGCCAACGUAUGUGUGCAUGGAAUAAUCAUUAUUGCUGGCCCGGGACGUGUGGAAGUUAUGGACUGACUAAAGACUGCAAGUGUGAUCAUGGGUUUCUUAAAAGAUUGAUCGAAGACGACAGUGAUAUAAAUGCUGGAGAAACAACCUGUCAGCCGAAUACGAAUCCUGAUAUUUCAACUUGUGAUAUGAAAGCUAUUGGUCUGAGUGGUGAGACGAAAAGUGCUACGAGUCUAAACCUUCCAGCCGCAUGUCAAAACAUUCAAGAUGUGUACGGUAAUUACCAGCCAGUCAGAAUGGACUUUGUGAUGGUUUCAGAUUUUAUUGUUUCCUAUAACUCCACGAGACCAUCAUUUAUUCGAGAGGAACAUUUUGGCAUCACUGAUAUGACAGUGAACGUGAAAAUAAAAACGGUGCAAGGUUUUUAUCUACAUAAAUCGUCACACAUACAGCUAAGAGACGCAUAUCCCAACUCAAGUGUUACGCCGUCACGAUAUGAUUCGGGCAACAUCAGCGUGAAUGACGCCACGUACAAAUUACAAAACGGAGAGGCACUGUGUUUGGAGUUUGAAGCAAAAGCUGGUGGAUAUUUGAAAAACAUUGAUACAAGGUCCUCAACUUCAGGCAUAGUUCCAUACACAAAAGUCGUGAAGCAAAGGACGGUUUGUUACCGAUAUGAUAACGCACCACCUGAGCACUGUACACAUCGUGGCAGAAGAUGCUUACAAGAACCAUUAGAAAUACCUAAUCGGAUAUCGAGAAUUGGACUUACAAAACUAUAUUUCGGUGGUUGGACCGACCCUGUUCUAAGCAGAGGACUAACUAAUACAGCAUCAUCUAUUGAAAGUUUCGAGAUAAUUGUAAAUGAAGUGACUACUUCGAAAGGAAUUCUGAAAGUGGAUUAUGCUAAAGAUAUUUUUUCUGCAAGAGUUAACGUCAGUACGAAUCAUUUUCAACUGAAUUUAACAGCAGAUUCACCAAGGCUUUAUUGCAUAACACUUGAGGUGAAAGAUGUUGCAGACAACGUACGCCAAACAAGAAGAUUUAUAUUAUACGACAAUACCAGCUACAUUGAGGCGCAAAAUGAAAAGUCCUUUAGAUUUGAUUCAGCGUCGCAAGAAACAAAUUUUACCUGGCAGACACACCACAACAGUAUUUGCCUGAGCUGGAAAGAGUAUUUCGUUAACAAAUUCUAUCUCAAUAACAAACUUCUAAAUGCAAUUGAGCCACACCCAUCGGUUCCAAUUACCGGUGUAUAUGAGCAAUUAACCGGUCUUCUGCCAGUAAGCGGUACGCCGAACGUGCAUGGAAUAAUACAAUAUAAUAUUUCUUGGAAAGUCAGGAACGGAGAGUUUGGACCAGAACAUAUCGUACCUAACUUUCAGAGUCAGAAUUUCUGUAUUGGACUGAACGUGAGCGAUGGACAAGCAUACGUCUUUAACGUUCGCCCAAUUGAUAUUGUCAACAACACUUUCAACGAGUCCAGAAUUGUUUACAUUGACAGAACACCGCCUUUCGUCAGUAACGUAACUUUGACAUUUGACAAUUAUAAAAUCAACUAUUUAAAACCUGUCAUGGAAGCAGCGAGGCUGGUCGUCAAGUUACAUGCAUUCGAUCCUCAUAAUGGUUUGGAGGAAAUUCGAUGGGUUUUCGAAACAGAAAAGACAUCUAGCCUUCAUGAUAGUGUAUCAAUAAGAUAUACAGGAAGUGCGGACAUUGUACCGUGUAUUCAAAGCUCUGAUGUCUGCAACUGCCAUGCAAUAGGAGGAUGUGAAUACGUCAACGUCUCUUUACCACUAACCAAGCUUGCUGCGUCAGGCAUUCAUAUAGGCCAAUUCACAGGAAACUACUCACUGACUAUAAAAGCCAUCAACAAAGCUUUCUUAGCGACUUCAGAAACUUUAACAAUAUCAGUAGACACAACGAUUCCACAGGCAGGAUAUAUGAAUACAUACUUAACAGCAAAAAACAACGAAUCAAGAGUCAAUUUGCAAUGGGGUGGAUUCGAAGAUAAGGAAAGCGGCAUAUCAUUCAGCAGGAUAUUUUUAAGUGAUCAUUGUCUAGAGAAAAAUGAAGCAGCAUUCGAUUCAACAUUAGUUCCAUAUGUGAACGAAAUAAAUGCAGCUAAUGGAUCGAUCGAGAUUUCAAGGGAUUUCGUGGGAAGCCGCAUCGUUACUGUCGUUGCUUAUAAUGGAGCUCUUGCGGCCUCAAUUCCAGUUUGUUCGGAUGCUAUUACUGGAUUGAAUUUCUGGGAAAGUCAAACGGUUGCACUUGAUCACUCGAUGACGGGGUCCCCAACAAUAACUAUAGCUGUCGCAUCCUCUCUUUGUGGCUUAGCUGUACUUGGUGUUGUUGCUUUAACUGUUGUCAUCUUUAUCCGAAGAAAAAGAGCAAAUGAAGAGUCAGAUGACCGCGUCUUUGAACAACGGUCAGUUGUAUAUCAGGGCGUUAUGAACCAAUCGAAUGGUCAACAUGAAGGAGAUGAACACCUUUACGAAAAGUGUGACACACAUCGCGCUUCAAACCGGCUUUCAUACGAAAUGGACCAAAUAACGCCGCAUGCAGAAAUGCCGUGUGAGUUACAUUUAAAGUUAAUUUUAGCAGUAUUUUAG